AUCGUAUCUUGAUGGUGAAUCCCAGCAAUUCAGCAACCUCCAAAGCAUUUUAAAAGCCUCUGGAACUUCAACAGUAGCAUGGGUUGGUGAAGCCGGUGGAGCUUAUAACAGUGGCCGUAAUCUUGUCACUAAUGCGUUUGUGUUUAGCUUUUGGUACUUGGAUCAACUUGGGAUGGCAGCCUCUUAUGAUACCAAAACAUACUGUAGACAAACAUUGAUAGGUGGAAACUAUGGCCUACUCAACACUACCACCUUUGUUCCAAAUCCUGAUUACUACAGUGCUCUUGAACACAAUCCUGAAGCUUUUUGCAAGAAAAAGACAUUCCAACUAAUUUUCUGGAUGAAGUUGCAAAGCAAGCCUCAAGCUCUGGAGCACAGGAGAUUGAAGGAUGUUACAAGUGAUUGGCUUUUCCCACUUUUUGCGGUUAUAUCAACCAUUUGCUUGGUGGAUUUAGACAACUGUGACAUGUUGCUCCCUUUUUUUCAUGGUUGUUGGUGCAGAGGACAUGCACCAUCGCAGUGAACUAUUGGUAUGAUAUGCAGUUCGAUGUAAAAUAUGCUUACUUCAACUUCUUACAAUCAAUUCCUCACCCAUCAUCCCAUGGUCUGACACCACAUGAAAUGGGAUUUGUUGGAUCAUCCUCAGAUACAUCUAUUUGCUAUUUAGGAGAUGAACCAG